AUGUCCUUGUAUGAACCCGCUGACGGAAUUCUGGAAACCCAUGUGACAUGGGAAGAUGUCGAAUCUGAUCUACAAGAGAAACUUGGGACCAAAGCAACGUUUGGGCCAAAUAAGAAGGCGGUCAAUAUCAGUGAUUUGAAGGGAUUUAUGUCUCGGAUUGCUUUGGUGGAACCAGACUGGCAAAAUGUAGAAAACGGAAAAGAACUUCCCCAGAAGUUUGCAUUGAAGAUCUCAUCGCAACUCGCUCUCGUAGCGCUUACCAAAAUGAUGAAUUUCGAAGGUGGACAAGGUUUUGGAGUAGAAAAAUUGAAAAAGUUGUCUGCAUUAACAAGAGAAUGCCACAACAGAGAAGUGGAUGUUUACAAGAUUCUCAUGAUGUUUAAUCAUCCUGAUAUUCCGUAUACCAAGGUGUACUCGUUGAAGUCGUUUGACGAUGAGAACGAUUUGAAAGGAUACAUGGUCAUUGAAUUUAUCUCCAAUAUUCAUCAAAUCGAAAUGUUCCGCUCCAUUCCAGCCGAUGAUCUGUUUCCUCUUGUUCGUGGAAUUGCAACAUUCGCUGCUCUGUCAGAAUCUCUAAGCCCAGAAGAAACCAAGUAUAUGAUGGGACAAGACUAUCUGGAAAUUUUUUUCAAAGAAUUCUUCAACGACGCAGAACUGACAAAAAAGUUUGAUGGACUUCGAAAAUUAUUCGGUGACCAUCAUCCCGAAAAAGUAGAGGAAUUGAUUUCUGCGUUUGAACACUACAAGGCAGUGGUUCCCAAAUAUACUGAUAUUUCAAAGACUUUGGGAUUCAAGCUAGUUUUGAAUCAUGGAGAUUUAUGGCAAUCCAAUGUGAUCUACAGUGCGAAUAAGGAAGGAAAACUGAAGUUGGAAGCAAUGAUUGACUGGCAAGCAGUCUCUAGAUUGCCUCCUGGAUUGGACCUCUCGAGACUAUUGUUGGGAUGUCUUUCGGAAACGGACCGUCGUGAACGAGGUUCAGAGAUUUUGAAGUGCUACUACGACACCUUCACCAGUGUUUAUGGCGAAGAAUUGUUCUCGCUCCAUGAGCUUCAAGAAUGCUACAACUUGUAUGCUCCAAUGAUGGCUAUGUUGCUCAUUCCGGAUAUUUAUUCAUUCAUUGAUAAUGCCAAAAUAUCAGAGGAAGAGAAAGAUGAAGCACGGAAGGAUGUAAUGAGAAAAAUGGUUGCUAUCAUGGAAGACAUUAUCGAUAUUCACGAUUACAAUCUGGAACACUAUUCUGAUUUUUUGAAAAUUGAAUAA